UGCCUAUAAAUAGUACCAAAAACGAUAGUGUAUCAAAGAUACAAAAGAACAAAUAAAACAAAAUGCCGCCAAAACAAUAUGGCCGCGUAUCCAGGAUAAACAAGAUGGCAGAUUAGUGUGUGCAGUGAAGAUGGGAGUUUUAUGGACGUUGACUCGCCACGUGGUGCUGGUAGUGGCGUCGGCGGCACUCGUGCUCGGGACGGGAGAGUGGAGCGAAGAUGCUGAGGAUCUCGUAUCCACGGUGGAUGUGGACGCGGUGCUGGGUCGCACGGCGUCACUACCGUGCGACGUUUCGCCGGACGCCGGAGAAGACCGAGUGUACAUGGUGCUUUGGUUCAGAAAGGCUGGCGGGAAGCCUAUAUACAGCUUCGACGUUCGCGGCCGCUCUUUCAACAAGGCUCUCCAAUGGUCGGAUCCGCACAGCUUUGGGCCGCGCGCGUAUUUCGCCACAGUGGCGCGGCCAGCGGCGCUUACGCUCAGCUCCGUUCAGCUCGAUGACGAGGGCACCUACCGCUGUCGCGUCGACUUCAAAAACUCGCCUACGAGAAAUUUCCAGAUACGGCUUACUGUCAUAGUGCCUCCGCAUCAGAUGCUGUUAUACGAUAAAUCGGGGGCAGACGUCUCAGGGGUCGUAGGACCUUUAGAAGAGGGCUCAGCCUUAGUACUGGUCUGCGAAGUUAGGGGUGGUCGCCCAGAACCCGUAGUAUCCUGGCUGAUCGACGGCCUGCCAGCGCCUCAGUACAUAGGCGUGAAGACAGACACGCACGUAGUCGUGAACCGGUUGGAGCUCCAACACCUUAAGAGAGAGGACUUGAACACCACGUUCAAGUGCCGGGCGGCUAAUACGCAUCUUGUUCCGCCGCAGGAGAAGACUGUUAGGCUGGAAAUGAAUUUGUCCCCGAUCUCGGUGUCGCUCGUCAAUCGACCGCAGCAGCUGAUCGCCGGAGCAGCCUCGACGUUGCGAUGCGUCGCUGAGGGCAGCCGACCGCCAGCGCAGAUCACCUGGUUCAAGGAGAAUAGGAGUCUUGAGAGGGAAAAGGUAAGCGACCACUCGAACGAGACUUGGUCGGCGAGCACAUUGGUGUUCACGCCUACGCCGCUUGACAACGGUGCGGUGAUCAAAUGCAUAGCGGCCAACCCCGCGCUGCCAAGGAAGGCAAUCGAUGAUCACGUGCAGCUCAGCAUUGUAUACAGUCCGCUGGUUACCCUUACGCUGGGCAGCACGCUCAACCCCCACGACAUUAAGGAGGGUGACGAUGUCUACUUCGAGUGCAAUGUCAGAGCCAACCCGAGGGAGCACAGGAUUACGUGGUUUCAUGAUGACAGACCGGUGUCGCAAAACAUGACGUCAGGCAUCAUCGUCAGCACCCGCUCCCUGGUUCUGCAGAAAGUGACCCGGCAAGAGGCGGGCGCGUACGCUUGCAAAGCAGCCAACGCCAGAGGGGAGACCUCGAGCGAAGUCGUCCGGUUACGGGUGCAGUACGCACCAGUAUGCGCGGAGUCGUCGCCGCAAGUGGUAGGCGCGGCGUUGGACGAGGCGUUGCACGUGCGCUGCUCGGUGCACGCCGACCCCGCCGACGUGAACUUUCUGUGGGAGUUCAACAAUAGUGGCGAGAGCUUUAACGUGUCUCCUGCGCGAUAUGGUACAGUGAACAGUAGUAUAAGUGAGCUGCGAUACACGCCGGCAAGCGAGAGGGACUACGGCGCCCUGACGUGCCGGGGGACCAACAGCGUCGGUAUUCAAGCCAAACCUUGUGUCUUCCAAAUUGUGCCAGCAGCAAAACCCUCGCCACCUCGUAACUGCACCGUUUCCACCGGCAACGGUUCGAACUGGAUCGAGGACUCGAGCCAAGACGUCGGCGACAGUCUCGUCAUCCGCUGCGUAGCCGGCUACGAUGGAGGGCUACCGCAGCUUGUGGUUUUGGAGGCUGUGGACAUCGGCAGUGGUCAGUCGCGGUUUGUCGUCGCCGCUAAUGAGACUGAUGGCGUGGCCAUAUUUCUGGUGCCGAUUGGGGCGCUGUGGUCAAUCGGUGGCAGUUUGCAACUGACAGUCCACUCCAGGAAUGACAAGGGGAACUCUGAUCGGAUCACCCUGCAUUCACUGGCUUACCGUGAUCCUGAGAGAAGAACCGAUGGCGCCAACAGCAUCAUGGCGGGAGUGUCCGCUACCACGUUCUGGGCGAUCGCGCUCACACUGGUCGUCGGGACAUGCGCUGCCAUCUUCAUCGCCUUUUUGCUGCGGAGGAAAAAGGCAGCAUUGCCAACGAAGCAACAGUCCCCCGAGCUUCAACUAAACGCGGGCGAUGGGCAAUACGUGGUCGCGUAUACGCUGAAACCGCCCAAGCAGGCGCAACCGGAUAUAUUGAAUCCACCGCCUGACGGCGACCCGCUUCCAAAGCGGUGUCCGGAGGCGGUCAAGAACGGUGCCCUGCGGGAUGAGUGGUCGACGGGGGAACGCGCGAGCGUCACCCAAGAUGAGCCACGCACGUUAAUCUCACCAAUAGCAGCAUCUACCAAAUCUGGUACCACAACGCUGAGUAGGCGAGAACAUCUCAUAGCAGAAGAAAUUCCAGGUCCAGAAAGUUGUGUAUAGACAAUUAAUAAGGACCGGCCACAAAGAUUUGACGCAGCGUAUACGCAACGACGUAAAAAUAAAAAGAUAA